ACACUUCCAAAUCAUUCUUCCACAUAACUAGCUAGUUUGUAGUUUUAGACCCACGAGCAGUUAUUUUGUGUCGUUUCCUCAAUUGAUAUCAUUAGUGUUACACUGGUUUAUGAACAACGCUGAAAUUAAACAAACAUCGGAAUGGCGGAGGGUGCCAGCGGUAACGCGGUGAAUCUUCCUCCCGGAGAUCCUCAGCUAAUCGGUCUCAUCGUGGAACAUCUCAAGAACCGAGGCUUGUUCGACGAAUUCCGCAGAGAUUGCCUGGCAGAUGUGGAUACAAAGCCUGCCUACCAGAAUCUGCGACAAAAAGUUGACAACUUUGUAUCCACUCAUUUGAGCACUCAAGAAUGGAACCCAUCAAUCAACAAAAAUCAAGUGCGAAAUGGGCUAAGACAAAGCGUCGUGCAGUCAGGCAUGCUGGAGUCUGGAGUGGACAGAAUCAUCACCCAGGUGGUGGAUCCCAAAUUGAACCACACUUUCAGGCCCCACAUUGAGGAUGCCAUUCAUGACUUCCUGUCUGCUGAGAAGGAGGAGGGUCCAUCCAACAGUCAAUCAGAGACUGAGCAACAAGAUGCUCCAAGCCACACUGGACCCAAAACGCCAUGAGGUACAGAGAAACGUUUUCUGCUGAAGGUAGACAUCUUCUAGCGCUCCAUCCGGCUGGAUGUACAAGGACCUACUGUCUCGUAAUCAUGGAGCAAGAGGUUUGCACAACUCUUAGUCUUUCUUCAUGUGGAGAAACCAAGCCGUGGAUGUUAGCUGUCAAUGCUAACAGCUACCAAAUAAUGCCCAUGACAAGUCAAAGGGGUGCAAAUGACACUAUGGUAUUGCACCCUCAAACUCAACUCUGGACCUCGAAGCCAGUUCCGCUGCAUUUUUUCAUUAUUCCCUUCUAAUCAGGGACUGAUUUUGACCUGAGACACCAGGUUGUGUACAAUUCAUUAUCAGGUAGAAGAAAACCUGCAGGCAACGGACCUCGUAGGCUAAGAGUUGAGUACCCCAGGUAUAGCACAUGGAAUUUUGUUUGUGGUUAUUGAAUUAAAGAGACUGGUAACUUUUUUUUCUUUUUUUUUUCUUAAGAGCAGGAAGUAGCCAUUGUAAUGUUGGCUUACAGAUUUUGUUCCUCAGUUUGACACUUAUUGGUGAAUAUUGUAAAUGUCAUUCACCAAUAAAUUAAUGAUUUGGUAGAAAUGUG